AAUCAUUUCAUAUCAAAAACAUUUUCAUCCACAACGAUAUAAAGUUAUGGCAACUUCUUCAAUACUUUGUUCUUUUAUUCUUCUUAUUGUUUUCUCAUCCUUUUCUUUGCAAACUUCUGCAUCCUUUUCUCGGCAAACUUCUGGUGAUAGCGCUCAACGUUUCGUUCAAUGUUUAACCAGAUAUGCCAAGAACUCGGAAUCUAUUACUCAAGUUGUUUUCACCCCAGCCAAUGCCUCAUACAAUCCUAUUUUGCAGCUUAACUUGCAAAACCUUCGGUUCAAUACUUCCGGGACGCGUAAACCUCUAGCCAUUGUUACACCAGUUGAGGACACUCAAGUCCAAGCGGUGAUUUACUGUGCUAGAAAAAAUAGCAUGAACGUUCGGACUCGUGGCGGAGGCCACGAUUUCGAAGGUGUUUCGUAUACAGCUGAUGUGCCGUUUGUGUUACUUGAUAUGAUUAAUUAUAAUAGAGUUAAUAUAGACUUGAAAACAAGCACUGCAUGGGUUCAGUCUGGUAUUAGCCUUGGGGAAUUUUACUAUAAAAUUUCUCAAACAAGUGAUGUUCUGGCGUUCCCGGCUGGUUUAGUGUCGACGGUUGGACUUACCGGCCUUCUUGGUGGUGGAGGAUAUGGUAUGAUGAAGAGAAAGUACGCUCUUGCUGCUGAUAAUACACUGGAUGCACGUAUUGUGGAUUACAAUGGGAAAAUUCUCGACAGAAAAUCUAUGGGAGAAGAUCUGUUUUGGGCUAUUAGAGGUGGUGAUCCUGCUAGUUUUUGCGUUAUUCUCGAGUUGAAAUUGCAGUUGGUUCCUGUCCCCAAAUUAGUGACCUAUUUUGCAGUCCAAAGAACUCUGGAACAAAAUGGAUCAGCGCUAUUCCAAAAAUGGCAAUCCACAGCAGUCAAUGUGUUUCCAAGAGAUCUUGAUGUUAGAGUCGUGGUGGAUACUAUUACAAGCAAUUCAAGUGCCCGCGAAGAUAAGAAAACAGUUAGAUUCAUCUUCCAGUCAUUGUAUCUUGGUAAAAUUGACACCUUACUUCCGAUUAUGAAAGAAUAUUUCCCUGAGCUGGGCUUGGUGAGAGAGGAUUGUGUCGAAACCAGUUGGAUCAAAACGGCGCCCAUGUUUUCAUUUUUUCCGGUAGGAACUGAUCCAAAAAUAUUACUCAACAAAACGGCCCCUACAAGAAAUCCUGUCAAGAUAAAGUCGAGUUUCACGACGCAACCAAUUUCUUUGGAAGGACUCAAUGGUAUAUGGGACUUGUGGCUCAAGCAACCAGUACAAACCACGCUCAUUCAAUACACUCCAUUCGGUGGGAAAAUGAACGAGUUUGCAGAGUCUGCACUUCCAUUUCCCCAUCGUCCUGGUGUGUUGUACAUGAUCAACAUCGCCGUGACUCUGAACCAAAAUGCGGAAGCAACUUUACAGUGGAUUAAUGAUCUGUUUAAAUACUAUACUCCAUAUGUGACCAAGAACCCUAGAACUUCAUAUGUGAAUUACAGGGAUGCUGAUCUCGGAACAGGAAGCAAGACAUAUCAAGAGGCAAGCAUAUGGGGGAGGAAGUAUUACAAGAAUAAUUUUGAUAGGUUAGUGAAGAUUAAGUCUGUAGUUGACCCUCAAAAUUUCUUCAACCACAAGCAAAGCAUUCCUCUACUCAUGUGAUACAAACAAACUAGUAUCCGUGGUUAGUUAAUUUCUUGAGAAAAUGUGUCAUGGUUAUUUGGCUGUGUAAAUGUUUGUUCAAAGUGAAAUAAAUCAUAUCUUUUCCAA